CAAAAGUAGUUGCCGAAUUCAGUCUUAAAUAAAUAGUUUUCUGAAAAGAUAGCCAAAACUUAAUCGGUUUGCCGCGUUUGGCGUUUCUUCGUAUAACCAAGUGACUCGUGCGUUAUUAUUAAGCAUCGUGGUUAUCCUUAAGGUUAAAAGUAAUGUUUACAAGUGAAAACUGGACUACAAGUCCCAGACAACAUAAGGCGCGAUUGCCUGUGUUAAGGAGAGGGGGACUCCUUUCAGCAACAUUCUUCUGUACCCAGACUUCAGGCGAUAUCAACUACGUUUCUGACUGUCAUCGUUAGGGUUUCUCUUCUCUAGCAUUUCAGAUCAGUAGUUGUGUUUUCUUGCCUAAUUUGGCUCCCGCAUGGCGAUAGAAACGAUUCGCUCGGCGGUAAACGCGGCUUCAGAUGGUCGGUAAGGUAAAGCUUUUUAGCUAGCUUCCUUUAGCCAGCAGCUACCACUAGAUUUGCGGCUUAUAUCCGUGGCUGCCCUGCCAGGUAGAUCAACUAAAGCUCGAAGCGCUGGUCAGCCACUAUGAUUUGGUCAGUUCACAUUUUUUUGAAUAUUCACGUUGCUUAAUAAUUCAUCUGUUCGAGGGACAAAUCAACGCAACCUUUGUUUGACUUGCGCGUAGCCCGUCUGGUUUGGCCUGUUUCAUUGUCUCCGAACACCGAAAACACAAGUUGUUUUUCAGUGUCAGAGGGUUGUUUGGCUAUUAGGCUAACUUAGUCAGCUGUCGACUCCAGAUAAUCUUGAAAGCUGCCUGGUUCAGUAUGGCGCAACACGACCACUCUCAUGUAGCCAGUUCACAGAAAGCACUCAUGUUGGAAAUGAAGAGCCUUCAGGAGCAGCCUGUCGAGGGAUUCAAAAUUACAUUGGUGGACGAGGCUGAUAUGUACAACUGGGAAGUGGCCAUUUUCGGACCUCCAAACACUCACUAUGAAGGCGGGUAUUUUAAGGCUCGGAUCAAGUUCCCAAUAGAUUACCCAUACUCCCCACCUGCCUUCCGGUUUCUCACCAAGAUGUGGCACCCCAACAUAUAUGAGAAUGGAGAUGUGUGUAUUUCUAUAUUGCACCCUCCAGUGGAUGACCCACAGAGUGGAGAGCUGCCCUCAGAGAGAUGGAAUCCCACCCAGAAUGUCCGGACCAUUUUGCUGAGUGUGAUCUCGCUGCUGAAUGAGCCCAACACUUUCUCUCCCGCCAAUGUGGACGCCUCCGUCAUGUACCGUAAAUGGAGGGACAGCAAGGGCAAGGACCGUGAAUAUGUAGAGAUCAUCAGGAAACAAGUAUUGGCCACCAAGGCGGAAGCCGAGCGUGAUGGCGUAAAAGUGCCCACCACGCUGGCUGAGUACUGCGUCCGCACCCGUGCCCCAGCCCCUGAUGAAGGCUCUGAUCUCUUCUAUGACUACUACUAUGAUGACGAUGAUGCGGAGGACGGGGAUGGCGACUGCUGCUACGAUGAGGACGACUCAGGCAACGAGGAGUCAUGACGUGCUUUUUGACAGCGUCUUUAUUCUAGCUGACAAAUGCUACCCCAUUUCUCUGCCUGGGUUGCCAGAAAUUCUAGGUUGACAACCAAGAAAGAUUUGAAGUUUCCCACUUCUAAACCUUUGAAAAGAGCUGUUUUUUUUCUUGAGCCUCUAAAAAAACUUUUCCUGAGGCAAAAAAACAAAUCGAUGCGCCGUUGUGGAAGGGUCAGACCUGGUAAGAUUUGCACCAGCACAAACGUCACCAGUUUCUUCAAUUUUCUUCAACAGUUUGGAUUAUCACCUAAAAUCUUGCUUUGAGAGAAUAGAUUCAAUUAUUGUUUAAUCCUGCAGGAGUAGCUCAGUCGCUUGUACAGUGUAUGGUAUUGUGGGGUUAAUACCACUUUUAACAAUAGCAACAUUUGCACUGGUGCAAACACUUCCAAACUUUGCUCAGCAUCUCUCUCACAUAUCUUUAUUUCCCUAAUUGUAACUGGGUGUCACUCCUCCCGGUGACUGACAGACGAUUGAGGACUUAAAGCAGUCUGUUUGUGUUGAACAACCUACUGCAAAUACAUUGAAUCAGACAUUUCCAAGUUUGACAGUCGCGUCUCGCUUUGAUAGGAUGGGAUGUCACGAGGAGAAUGUUUUCAAAGUUCUUGUGCAUGCCAGAACAUCAUCGGAAGCUUUUUCUUUACUGGUGGAUUGUUUACCUACAUCAUGAUCUGUUUUCAGAUAAGAAAGACUUGUGUUGAAUGAGAUCCCAGAGAACUUUGUAUCUGGAGGACCAGCUGACAGGCUAAGUCAGUGGGUCAGAUCGUCACAUGAACAUUUUUGGCAACAUGAAAUUGGUCUUUGCUGUGUUUGUUCUGGUUACUGUCGGACGUGUUUUUCUGUCGUUUUGGCUGUGGGAGUUAAUUGAAGUAGUUCAGAAUUUAAGAGAUACGUAGGAUCACCAUGGUUUUCGGGGUGGGAGUGUGGGGGGUCGGGA